GUAAUGGUCCAGGCCAAGGAAUGGCGGCAGUUGUCAAGCUUUUGGUCUGCGAGUAUCCACAUCCUAGAUAAUGAUAUCAGAGAGACCAUGAACGACGACAGACGGUGAUACUAUAUUGAGUGCAGCAUAGUAACGGAGGAAGAUUUGAAAAGUGCCGUUAGCUGUUCAAAAUGGAGGAGAAUGAAAUGGGAUUACCACCGUUGAUAUAUGAUGUACCUCCGUCAUUCAACACAGCGUUAGCUAGGAAUCUCUACGGAGUUGUAGCACCUAUCAUAGUUAUUCUUACAAUCCUGAAUAAUAUCAUGGUGAUCAUCACCGUUUACUCUGAUCUACCUAAAAAGGGGUCGGCGUCUCGUAUACAGCAUGCUGCCAUCGCCUGCUGCAAUUCUCUCUUCGGAGUCGUCCAGCUUCCGGUUUAUUUUUACUUCUUUGCUGGGCAAACGUUUCCCGCCAAUGUACCCAAAGCAUGGUGUGGGGCAUUCCGGAUAUUAGGUUUCGUACUUCCGCAUAUCAUUCACACCAUCUCCCUGUGGCAGUUCGUCGGUCUUUCAAUACAGAGAUUCCUAGUGUUCCGAUUUCCGUUUUCUUGUGUCUCCUGGUAUAACAUUAGAAACAUGACAAAACUGGUAAAAAUCAUAACCUGUGCUUGUGUACUGGUUAACAUUUACAAAUUGUUUGACUUUGAACUAAUUGAUUUGGAUAAAAGCCUGGUAUUGAAUGGUACCACUUACUCUAUCGGGGAGACUUUGCCGUGUAGAGCAGAGUAUCGUUUUACUGAUGGUAGGGACGGUUAUAUCUUAUUCUGGUCCUGGUUCAUAGCUUUGAGCGUCCACAUCCUCCCGGGUGUCAUACUCACUAUGAUGUACAUGUUGUUAGUGUACGCCAUCUGUCGAAAUAACAGAAGACGCCAGAAUUUGUCGAGAAACAGUAGGAAUGGGCGACGCCUAGCGAGAAACCAAACUCUCAAAGAGUGCAGCGUACUGGUCAUGAUGACAAUGUGUCUUGUUGUUGAAAUACCAUCAGCAGUCAUACUGGUCAAACGUUUCAUUUUUACAAAAGAUGACGUCACUUCCGGAGAUGACGAGAUUAUUUUCACACAUUUCUUCCUUCUCUUAAGUUACUAUUUUUAUGUGUACAUCUAUAUUGUGAUGAAUAAUGAUUUUCGAAGAUCUUUUUUGUCAUUUUUACGGAAAUGUCAGCCAACACAGUUACGCGAUGCUAUUGAACUUCGGGUUAUGUCGACGGAUGUAUGAAUGUACGUAAUGAAAACGUUAAAUGAAGUGGCAGGACCCAAAUCGGAUCACGUUUUCAAAAAUACUUCCAAAUCAAUUAAUAUGUCAACAGUUCAGUUAUAUCAAUGAUGUAGCUUUAGAAUAGAUAGACAUGCACAAUUUUUUGUUUACAGAUGAUUCGUUUUUAAGUUCAAAUAACACAAGAAAACGGAAUUCAAACUCAAAAGUCAGUGUUUUGUUUACGUUUAAAAAAUGGCGCGUGCGACGACUAUGCAUUCUGUUUUUGACUAUGGGAAUUAACUCACCCUAUAGAAAUACUUGUUUUCAUAUAAAUUCCAAAGGUCAUCAUAAAAUGUUAAUAUGCUGACAAAAAAGUAUUCAUUUGAAGUGCAAGAUACUGCAAAAUUCAAGCCUUGAUCUGAUUUGGGUCCUGACUUUAGCAAAUACCGGAACCGCUGAUUGGUGACAUCAGAGCGUUCUAUGAUAUCUCACGUGAACCCUGGGUGCUAUUUUUUUUGUAAGAACACCCAUCGAUAGUCUUCCUUUGUUAAAACCGUAAAUGAAUAUAGUUCAUCCUCAGACUUUUCAAUAAAUGAAUAAAAUGACGGUUCGGUAAUCCGAUUUGGGUGCUGUCACCUUAGGAUAUGACGAGGGGUGCGAGACGGCAGGAGAUGUACGAGAUAUAUAAAAGGUUACAUAUGGGAGUAAAAAAACCCCAUUGAAACCAUUGUCAGUGAGUGUAAGUAUCGAUCGGCUGUAGUUGUGAAUAUCCCGGUCAGCUAGUCUCUAAUUUGUUUAACGAAGAUAAGAUUAAAUUAUUUUUUCAUUUAAAAUAUUUUCUUAUACAUGAAUAUUUUCAAAUGUGUUAGGAUAUCUAUAAAUACAUAUUAUUUAAAAUUAUGUGUCAGAUUCUCUGGUGAUUAAUGUUUCAGAGUCGGUGUACGUAAAUGUAUAAGCGUAUGGUAAUGUCUGAGCUGUCACGUGAACUGUAAUGUGAAUGUCCUUAUAUGGUCAUAUAUUAAGUCUCCAUUUCGUUAUUGUGACAAUGUCUUUAUCUUUUUCCAAACAUGGUAGUAAUUUAUCCAUAUUUUGGAAACAAAUAAAAGUAAGACAACUUACUAAAUAAAUCAUAUAUUUUGAAUAAAAAAAUCAUUUUCUGUGGAAAACCUGUGUAAUUGUUAGGUGAACAGUGAAACAGGAUGAAAUAUAUCACAGCAUCAACGCACAGCUAGAACCAGACAGGCGAUAAGUGGUGCUUCGAACGGUAGGGGUUUUCUGUACCUCAAGAUAUCUCCCGUCAAUUUCAGCAAAGCAAAGUGAUUAUAACACAUUUACAAAUGUUGAAAUGUUUCUAUUUAAAAAAAUUACUCAGCUCAAAAUAAAAGAGUAGUUAAAAAUGAUUUUUGUCUAUAAACAUGUUCUAAGAACUCUAUCUAAUUUUUGUUAACAUGUGUACAGCUAUUUUCAUUGUCAUUACCAUGUGAAAAAAAAACUUUUUCACUUGCUGCUCCUGUGCUUUAAUAGUUGUUACUAUAUAUACAGUAAUUUUAAUAGUUGUUACCAUGUACAGUGAUUUUGAUACCUGGACCAUAUGUACAGUAAUUUUAAUAGUUGUUACUUAUGUAGAGUAAUUUUGAUACCUGUUACCAUGUGUACAGUAAUUUUGACAGUCGUUACCAUGUGUACUGUGAUUUUGAUAGUCGUUACCAUGUGUACAGUAAUUUUGAUAGUCGUUACCAUGUGUAGUGAUUUUGACAGUCGUUACCAUGUGUACAGUAAUUUUGACAGUCGUUACCAUGUGUACAGUGAUUUUGAUAGUCGUUACCAUGUGUACAGUGAUUUUGAUAGUCGUUACCAUGUGUAGUGAUUUUGAUAGUCGUUACCAUGUGCAGUGAUUUUGAUAGUCGUUACCAUGUGUAGUAAUUUUAACAGUCGUUACCAUGUGUACAGUAAUUUUGACAGUCGUUACCAUGUGUACUGUGAUUUUGAUAGUCGUUACCAUGUGUACAGUGAUUUUGAUAGUAGUUACCAUGUGUAGUGAUUUUGAUAGUCGUUACCAUGUGUAGUGAUUUUGAUAGUCGUUACCAUGUGUAGUGAUUUUGAUAUUUGUUACCAUGUGUAGUGAUUUUGAUAGUCGUUACCAUGUACAGUAAUUUUGACAGUCGUUACCAUGUGACGUGUACAGUGAUUUUGAUAGUCGUUACCAUGUGUAGUGAUUUUGAUAGUCGUUACCAUGUGUAGUGAUUUUGAUAGUCGUUACCAUGUGUAGUGAUUUUGACAGUCGUUACCAUGUGUACAGUAAUUUUGAUAGUCGUUACCAUGUGUACAGUGAUUUUGAUUGUCAUUUCAAUGAUAACAGUAUUUAUGAUUGUUGUUACCAUGUGUAUAGCAGUUUUAACUGUAAUUACCACGUGAAAUAACUGAUAUCAUAUGUCAAGAAGCUUGAAAUUUAAUUAUUUUCUUGCCAUUCUUAUAGACGAAUGAAAUUUUACAUGUAUACUGUUGUUUUAUCAGUACUACGAAACUGUUUGCAUAUACUCAUUAAUGUUCAAAAGACGUAUUCCAAUCCUUAAAUAAAUUGUAUUAGGUUAUACAUUCAAUUGUUUUCAAACACAAAGCUAUGUUACCCGCUAUAUUAUGAGAAUUAUUAGAAUUUGUUGAAAUAAAAAUGAGUUGUGUUGUUAAGCUUGUUAUACUCUUGUAAGGAAACAGGAUGGCAGAAAGGCUCCUUAGGUAUAUACAUAGCAAACAAUGAAUAUAAGGGGAAUAAUACUGCCUUUAAUGGCAAGCUAGCCUUUCCCGUGAUACGGUAUAUCUCUGGGACUAGCUCAUGAUUUGAGAAACAUCGAGGGCGUUCAGUUGCUGGAUUAGUGCUCGCACGUUACAUUUGGGGGUAGCGGUGGGUUCCUGGUUUAACUGGAAGGCAAGUAUACAAGGAAGAUACAUUGGUUUCCCCAGACUAAGUCUUCAGACAAGACUUCUUGGAGGCGGGAACAGCGUAGAAGCAGAGGAAUAUUUGUGAGGAAAAUGCUGCCUUACUGCAAGCUAGCUUUUCCUGCGAUGCAGUAAUGGGAUUUGUUUUAGUUCAGUAACAUCGAGGACGCUCAGGCUGGAUCAGUACCUUCUUCACGUUAUAUUUGGUGGCAGCGGUGGGAUUCGAUCUGUGAUACCUUGCAAUGCAAGUCCUCGAUGGCAAAGGAAGGUGCAUUGGUACACAGGCAUGGGAUUUCCCAGACUAUACCUAAGGACGAAAC